CCUAGUAUAGACUAGACAUAGGAUUCUUGUCAAUACCAUUUUGUCUUCCAUUUUCAAAGUUCGGGAGGAGGAAAAGAAAAGAUGCCCAUCUGGAUACACUCUCUUUAACUGAAUCUCCAUCACCAUGUUGCAGAUAUCCCUUUGGAAUCUUGGAGAAGUUGUGGUGCUUGGUGGUACUUCUCAAUCAGAGAAAGUGAUAGGUAGGCAACCAGCAAUGGAGGAUAGGUAUCUAUCAAGGCAGGGAAGUGGGGUUUGGAGGUCUUUAAGAGAUGGAGAUUUUGAAGAAGAAGAUGUUUGGGAUGUUAUAAGAGAUCGAAAAAAUUCAAACACCAUGACUGGUAGAUCCAAGGAAUCCUCAGUUUCUGCUCUGAGACGCCUCCCAACUGGUUCAAGGAUGAUACCAAGAGCUAGCAGACACAAUUAUGGUAGUGGAAGCAGCUAUAGGAGUAGCAACAACACUCAUGAAGCCAAAAUUGUGCAACAAUCUGCACCCGUUCACAUUCCCAACUGGUCAGAAGCAUACGGCCAGAAAUCAAAGAAGGGUUCCCAAAAUAGUUCAUGGCAUAACGAGCGUGAUGAUGCUGAUGAUGAUGAAGCCGGGGAUUGCGACGAUGAGAAUGAAGAGGAGGAAGACGAAUACGAUGUAAAGGAACCCCCACACGAGUUUCUUGCCAGGAGGCUUGCAAGGAGUCAGAUUUCUUCUUUUUCAGUGUUUGAAGGUGCUGGGAGGACCCUAAAAGGGAGGGACCUCAGCAAAGUUAGGAAUGCUGUUUUGACAAAAACUGGUUUCCUUGAAUCAUUGUGAUUGUAGGUCUCAACUCUCAUGAAAUCAUGGAAGUGUUGCUAUUGUCAUGUUAGUUCUGUGUAGGGGUCUUUGUGAUUGUUGCUCAGUCAGAAAAUGUCUUGUACUGAAUGUCCAAGGUGUAAGAAAUCAAAAUUUAGUGUGCAGAAUUGCCAUGAAGUUCA